AUGACCAUGACGUUGUGGAAUAGCAGAACUGAUGCACUGGUCAGUCUGCUACUGUAUGAAGCAACUUCAUCAGUGCAUAGCAUCAUCUACCCUAUAAAGCGAGCCAUGAAACAUGAAGCAUCAAUUUUAUUUGCACUCAACCACUUGGCUAGCAAUAAAACAAUAAACACGUUUUACGACACGUUGAACACUUCAAACUUCUACAUGAAAGGAAGCUUUAUUCGAAACCAUUCAUCUGCCGCCUUCAUAAGCACUCGACGGUGUGCACCUCUUCAACACAUUCCUGCCUUGAACUUCAUUUUGAUAGUAGUUAAUAAAUUUGUUGAAGAUAUCUGCGAGUCGCUUGCAAGUCAUUUUAAGCAUGUGGACAUUGAGAAAUUGUUGGAAUGA